AUGCAACCUGACCUAUGUGGUUCCGGAAGAAGUGCAUCUGACAUCCUUAAGAGGAUCGACUAUGGCGGAACCUUAAGUCUUUUAGCAACUGUUGGCUCAUUCCUUCUUUUCCUGAGCAUGCGCUUCAGUGAAGGCCUCCCAUUAGAAGACCCGUCAGUCUGGAUUCCUCUGGUCGCAGCAAUUGCAUUUGCCGUCGCAUUUGUUGUCAUCGAAAUCUACGUUGCAGUCGAGCCCAUCCUUCCCCCGUACCUUCUGCGCCAGAAGGUCCCCGUCCUAGUUGGCCUCAGCAAUGCACUUGUAGCUGUGUGCAAUCUCUCGGUGACAUAUUUCUUCCCGACGUGGUUCCAGACUGUUAUGCUCUCCUCGGCUUCGACUGCAGGACUCCAUCUCCUCCCAAACAGCGUUUGCAUUUCAGGAGGAUCUUUCUUUGCAGGUUGGAUGAUGCGUCGACAUGCAAAGUACAAGACCAUGAAUGUCGUCUUCGGCAUUCUUCCCUUUAUUUCUGCGGUACUCAUGACCCAAAUGAAGGGAAAUUCGAAUGCUGCGCACUUAUGGCUCACUAUUAUGCCUCUUGGAUUCGGAAACGCGGUUGUCCUCCAGACAAUGUACAUCGCUUUGGUAUCACAUUUACCUGACUCCCAAAUGGCAGUCGGGACAGGCUUUGCGCAACUUCUUCGAGGUUUAGGUCAGGUCGGAGGACUAGCAUCUGCAUCCGCCGUCUUCCAGUCGAGAUUAAAUACAGAGCUUCAUGCUCGUCUACCUGAGGAAUCAGGAGAGCUCAUUAAAAAAAUCCAACACUCCGCUAAGCUAGUGGCAAAUCUACCUCCCGAAAUCCAACGGAUCGCAAAAGAUUCCUACGCCGCGAGUCUUCAAUCAGUAUUUAUCCUAGCAGCAACAGCCUCUCUUCUCGCAUACCUCGCUCGUCUUCCUAUUCCGGAUAAAAACUUGGCAGAGGAACGACCUUUGGGCGCUGAAUCUGACGGCUCUUCCGUGUCUGACACGUCUUCUACAUUUGAAGAGAUCAGGGACGACGAAGAUAAAAUUGUGCGGCCUCGCCAUCGCAUGGCCUCCCCAUAA